GCUAGCAGUAGCAGCAUCUUUUGACCAUUCAAGCUAAGAGCUAGCAGUUUAAAGGAGCUACAAUUUUCCUUGCAGCACUUAAAUUUACACUGUAUUCAUUAGUUUUCGUAAAAACAGUGUGUUUCGCAUCGAUUUAAAAAAGUCAUGGCAGCGGAUUGGUUGGGUAGUUUGGUGUCAAUAAACUGUGGUCCAACGCUGGGAGUGUAUCAAGGAGAGGUGGUGUCUGUGGACCAGUCCAGCCAAACCAUCUCCUUAAGACAACCUUUCCACAAUGGAGUCAAGUGCCCUGUUCCAGAGGUCACUUUCAGCGCCAUUGACAUAAAGGAGCUAAAGAUUUUAGAUAUCACAAUUGGCAAUGCUAAAAACGGCUCUUCUGCAUCUACAAAAGUUAGCAGUGCUCCAGUCGCUGUCCCGAAGGGUGACCCCAGGUCUGUGGCGAAUGUCAACUCUCCUCAGCACUGCUCCAAAAGCCAAGUAGAACGUCACUUGGACAUACCUGGCCAGCCAAAAGGAUUUCGUCGAAGACACAACUCCUGGUCAUCUAGCAGUAAAGGGGCAAACCAAGCAACACCAAAAAAGAAUGGUGUGAAGAACGGUCAGAUGAAGCCCAGAGACGACGAGUGUUUUGGGGAGGCCAUCGACGACGGGCUGGAUACAGAUUUUGAUUUUGAAGGAAACUUGGCUCUUUUUGACAAAGCUGCAGUUUUCUCAGAAAUCGACAUAUCGGAGCGUCGUAACGGUGCAAGAUCACGUGGGACGCCUCAAGACCAGACGCCCACACGGUACCGCCAUGAUGAAAACAUCCUGGAAGCCAAACCUGUUGUGUACAGACAGAUUACUGUCCCGCAGCCUGGGGCAAAAGAGUACUGCACUGACUCCGGGCUUGUUGUACCCAGUAUAUCCUAUGAACUACACCAGCGUCUGUUGUCAGUGGCUGAGCGUCAUGGUCUCUCACUGGAGCGAAGACUUGAGAUGACCGGAGUGUGUGCGAGUCAGAUGGCUCUCACGUUGCUGGGAGGACCCAACAGAUUCACUCCAAAGAACUUACACCAGCGCCCCACAGUUGCUCUGUUGUGUGGCCCUCAUGUUCAGGGAGCACAGGGCAUCAGCUGUGGUCGUCACCUGGCCAAUCAUGAAGUGGAGGUCAUCAUGUUUCUGCCCAAUUUUGUCAAGAUGCUCGACUCCGUCACCAGCGAGGUUACCAUGUUCAACAAGACUGGUGGCAAACAGGUGUCAAGUAUCAAAGACCUCCCAGACACGCCAGUGGACUUAAUCAUAAACUGCCUGGACUGCCACGAGAACACAUUCCUGAUGGACCAGCCUUGGUACCGAGCCGCUGCAGACUGGGCUAACCAGAACCGAGCGCCAGUGCUCAGCUUAGACCCUCCUGGUAGUGGACAGGGUCAUGCGGUGGAGGCAAAGUGGUCCCUCUCCCUCUGCCUCCCUCUUUCACUGGCAGAGGGGGCCGGCAGAGUUUACCUGUGUGACAUAGGUAUUCCUCGACAGGUGUUCAAGGAAGUGGGAAUCAAGUACAUUUCUCCCUUUGGCUGCAAAUUCGUCAUCCCUUUGCACUCUGCGUAAUGGGACUAAUGGUUAACAUGAAUCUUUCACCCUCCAUUACCAUUGGGGUUUUGGUGCCUUAUGUUCCAGAGUUCAUCCAUUACGUUACUAACUCAUCGACAUGUGAAAGGAACCACGGUUUGGUACAUUAGUUCUACAAGAACUUAGUCCAUGUGGGUGGGAUAGCAGAGGGUUUUAUUGAAAAAUAAAUGUGUUGACCAUCAGAGGCUUCAGCCAUAAUGUAGAUACUAUUGUAUUUACAUCAUUUGACAUAAUACUUGUAGAUAGAUUUUUCAAAAUCACAGCUGAAGUGUCAAAAUAAUAUUACAUAAUGCUCAGUUGUUUCAGAUUGACAAUCUCUGACUUAAAAAGGAAAUAUUUCUGAAUGUCACUGCAAUCUAAACUCAUUCCUAAUCUGGUGAAUAAACAACAUUCAACCAUAUAUUUCCUUUAAAUGUGAUGAUAUAACAUUACAACAGAAGACCAACUUAGAUUGGUGUCACCAUUGCUAAUGGCCUUACAGCCUGCCAUACUCUGCAGAACUCUAUUACUCUUACUUACCAUUUAAACAAAUGUGGAAAAUGGUCAUUAGUGUGAGUAGUUUUCUAUUUUCUUAACCAGUGUUGAAUGGAGCAGCUGCUGGAGAUAAUCUAGAUAGCAGCAGUUUUCUUUGUUAAAGCUAGAGAAGGCCUUCAUAUGGGCUCUGAUAAGAUCAAAACCUCCUUUAGGCAAAAACAUUUGCCAACAGAAAUGUGUUACUGAAGUCAUGAUGUUCCACUAGCUUACUGUACGUGCAAUCUUCCAUCUCAGUCAAGUCAAUUCAGCAUCCACUAUAGUAGUUUUAGGUUGUUAGCAUAAAAUAAGCUGUUGUCAUUGUAUCUUGGUUUUCAUUCCUAUCCGUUCACUUUGGCCACAGCAGAGUGUUUGCGAGUUUUAGUUCCUCAACUACCAAUCCUGUAUGUAAUCUGAUCAUUUUUAAAUGCAGAGCACAGAUUACAGAUUUUCGGGAAUUCAUCAGAGCGAACAUAAAGUCUGUGGUAGUUAAAUUGUUGCGUUGUUAUGUAGUUGAUUUGAAAAUGCUCCAUGCAUUCUACACAUAAUCUAUUAUGGACUGAAGUUUCAAGAAUGUCCCAAGUAGAUUUUCACGUUUUAUGAAAGCCAAUGGAUGCCUGGUAGACAAAGUGGUUAAGUUUCAAACCUUCAAGCAGGUUAGAACGUCAACAGGUUUAUUUGUGUUUUUUUUAAUCAAAAGUUUUGUUGGUUGACAAGUUGUGUUGUUGAGUAAAAAUGCCCUUUAUAUUUUGAAUAUUAAUGCAUUUCUGGGUGAAUCAUCUGUGAUGAGAAAUUUAACAGUUUUUUUUUUUGUAUUCCCUCUCCUGGUAUUGUGAAGUAUACCUGUUGUGUGUACUCCACAAUUAGUGGUAUUUACCAUGAGAGCUACUUGUUUUGUGCUGCUUUUUGAGGCCUUGACAGAGGGCUUGUAGGAAUUUCUACUGCCAAAAAAAUGUGACAGUCAAACCCUUUGCUUGUUCUUUUACAAAAUCACAUUAUUUUUUAAAUGUGUCCAGAGACCAAGCACAUUGUUUAAGGGAGUUGACGUGGACAUUGUAUACGACACGUCCCUAAAUUGUGUAUUAUUGCUGUCAGUUUAGUCUUAAAAAAAGGCUGCACUUAAGCAGUAACAGGAAUGAUAAAGGAAGUCAUCUGGGAAAAGGUUUACAGUGUGGUUUUGUAUCCACACAAUAACUUGUCAACAUCUCAGGAGGAUUAAAAAUACACCACUUAUAUAUAUAUAUAUUUUUCUCUGUGCACAUUAUCCUGCACAGGGUUUAUACACUGAUUCUGUGAAAAUGACUCCUCAUGCACAAAGGGUUUGUCCUUUCUCCAACAUUCCUCCGGCCUGAUGUGUUAUGUCACAUCUGUUGAGACAAGUCUGGCUGGGAAGCAUCAGCCAGCGUUACUGAAUGUGAAGAGCUGUUUCCUCUUUGGCCGCCAGGGGGCCAUUAAAACACACUAUAAGUGUCUCUUCCUUAUUCCUUUGUAAUGGCAGCUUUAUGUACCUUUUCCCCGAGAAUAUGGGUAUUUCUCUACGAAAUGUGAACAGUCAGAAACCUUGUGGUAAUCUGGCUUUGGCAGGAAAGCAACUGUUUUCAAAGUGUAUUUGUUUAAAUACAGGCUCUGCUUCUUGAUAUGCAUUACAUUAGUUUACAUAUUUCACAUUCUCACAUCUGCGCUGGGUGAUUAGUACAUGCAAGGUUAGUUUGCAGUUCAGGAAUAACGUGCGCAUUUUACAGCUAGUUGGAGGUUUUGUCUAGACAGUGCUGUACAACAGUUUCCUUUUGGGUGCGAAGUUCAGUAUCAAGGUUCAAGUGCAAAAGUACUGUGCUGUCUGUCCUCUUGUCAUGCCUGCAGGUUGAAACAAUAAAAACUGUAAACGUUG